AUGCGUCUUGCUUUUACUGCCAUUUCUACCCUCUGGGCGGCCACAUUGGCCAGUCCGACCCCUCACGCCCAAGGCACCUGGGAAAUCCUAUCCCCUAUCCCCAUCGCACCGCGACAGGAACAUUCAGUCGCUGCCCUCUCAGAGAACACUCUUGCCAUUGUCGGUGGGAUCAUCCCAAAUCCAGACGGAGAGGGUAUCAAUACAACCGCGAUGGUACAGCUUUACGACAUCCCCUCCGACACGUGGCGAUCAGUUGCUCCGGCGCCUAUCCAAGUCAAUCACCCUAACGUUGCGGCUGUUAACGGCAAGAUCUAUCUCUUGGGUGGGCUUUCUGUCGCCUCUGAUGGCGCUUGGAGAGCCUUUCCAGACUCUUGGGUCUACGAUUCUGACCGAGACGAGUGGUCGCCGCUGGAUCCUAUUCCAGACGGCGAAGAGAGGGGUAGUGCCGCCAUGGGUGUUUACGGAAGCACCAUUUACAUGGUGGGAGGUAUGCACACCUUGGUUCCGGGAGUAGGCGGGGAGCAAGAUACUGUCGACUUUGUGUCUGCCUUUGACACAGUCUCGUCGAAGUGGAUCAGUCUUCCCAAGUCCGCGAAGAAGAUUCCCGAAGGACGGGAUCAUGCCGGUGUGUUAUGUUAUUAG